GUUUCUAGUAUUGCCCUGCAUUUUACCAGGGGGUUUAAAAGGCGGCAGUUUUCCUUCAGUUGAUCAUCACUCACAUUAGUAUUUGCUUAUUGUUUCUGCUUUUCCCAACACAAAAUUCACGAUGCGCGCCAUCUUCUUGGCUAUCGGGCUGAUGUGCCUCGUUAAGUAUGCAUUUUCCAGUUCUCUUCCUAGUCUUCUCAAUUACGAAGAAGUUAGCUUUAACCCCCCAACUUUGCGGAAAGAAAUUACUGCAGAAGCGAAUAAAAUUGUCGGUGGAACUGUUGCCCUUGUAGGCGAAUUUCCGUAUCAGGCUACCUUGAACCUCGGUGGUCGUUUAUGUGGCGGAACCUUGAUUGCAACUUCAAUUGUUUUGACAGCAGCGCAUUGCUUAGCCGAUAUGUCCGCUUCCUCUGCCACUACAUUCAAGGUGACCGUCAACACGACGAAACAGAGUGGUGGAACCGGUGCUAUUAGCAGAGGAGUGAGGAAAUUCGUCGUGCAUGCCUCAUACAAUCCUAACACACAUGAUAAUGAUAUUGCUCUACUGGCUUUAACCUCACCGAUAACAAACGUCCGGUUUGCUAAGCUACCAUUAGCUAACACUACCAGCACGUACGCAGACCAGCUGGCCGUAGUUGUCGGAUGGGGAACAACUUCUUCUGGUGGGACCAUCUCCAGUAAUCUACUCAAGGCUUCGGUAAAUGUUAUGACGAACACGGCCUGCAAUCAGCAAUACAAUAAUACGAUUACUAGUGGCAUGGUAUGUGCGGCAUCUCCGGGUAAAGACAGUUGCCAGGGUGAUAGUGGUGGUCCCCUCCUGAUACGAGAUGUUCAAAUAGGUAUCACCAGCUUCGGCAAGGGCUGUGCUGAUCCUCGAUUUGCAGGUGUGUACACCCGAAUUACUCGUUACAUUACCUGGAUUAAAACCAUUUCCUCCACGAUUUAAAAUGACUCUGGCAUACUGGAGCUUUACGCUAAAAAACAAAAACAAGCACGAAACAGAAAAUUUUGAUCAGCAUCGACUCUUUUCUGAUUGCAGACUUUGAGUUAUGUUCCACAAAGCAAAGAAGCAAAUUUUGAGUGUAAGGGUGACGGGAAAAAAUACAUAUUCUUUUAAUAUAA